CGCCGCUGCACGUCCUUAUUCCCGUUUACCUGAAUUUGGAACUUUGGAACCCGGGGUCGAGAGUUCGUGGGUGAAGGGGAGGGGCGGGCAGCAGGCGUGGCUUCGAGUUCUCAGGAAACUUCUCAUUGGUUUGUGCCCCGCAUCCUCCCUGUCAAUUUAGACUCCCCCUAGAGGGUGAGAGGAGGGGGGCAUAGAAUGGGAGGGCGGGGGAAGAGGAGGGGGGGGCUCCUGUCCUCCUGCCCGCCUGCCCGCCCGCCUUCUCGCUCGCUCGCUCGUUCUUCGCUCCUGCGGCCGCUUUCCCGGUGCGCCUCUUGGCCAGCCCCUUUCGCGGGAUGCAGCCUUUAGUGGAGAUGCUGCGCUCCUCGCGUUUGGAUUGAAGCCCCUCUCCUCCCUUCGGUCUCAAGGCCGGAUACCCGAGAGGCGAAUCGGAGGGGCCGGACCCGGGCGUUGUAAGACACACACCCCCGUCCCGAAGCGGCAGCACCGAUCCGCAGUCGCCCCCACCUCUUCAGCCGGCACUUUUCUCUUUUUCCCUUUUUUUUUUUUUUUUGAGCGUAGCUUUCCUUGGAUUCGAUGGGUCCCUGAGGGAGUGCGAGGCCGAGCGUCUCUUGGAAUACAAGCCGGGCGGAGAAAGAAGCGAGCGCGGGGGACGAAGGGGCCCCGACAGGGGUGGGUGGGUCGCCGUUCGCGCGCCCUGGUAUGGGGCGAACCAUGGAGAAGAGUCGGCAGUGGUCCACCAGGUGGAAAACGAAACGGUGGUUCUGGGACUCGGCUUUCCCGGCUCUUCUCGUCUCGUCAGUGCUUCUGCUCCAAGCUGCGGAAGUCCGAGGAGCUGAGCCAGUGGAUGUCCUCAAAGCAUUAGAAUUUCAUAAAUCUCCAGAAGGAAUAUCAAAAACAGCCGGAAUUUGCAUAAACAGAAAGAAUUCCAAAGGAUCAGAUGUUGCCUACAGAGUUACAAAAAAUGCACAACUCAGUGCCCCAACUAAACAAUUAUACCCAGGUGGAAAAUUUCCUGAAGACUUUUCAGUUCUAUUUACAAUAAAACCUAAAAAAGGAGUCCAGUCCUUUCUUUUAUCUAUCUACAAUGAACACGGCAUUCAGCAGGUUGGCAUUGAGGUGGGCCGGUCACCUAUCUUCUUGUUUGAAGAUCAAAAUGGAAAGCCUGCCCCAGAAGAUUAUCCCAUCUUUGGUACAGUCAAUAUUGCUGAUGGAAAGUGGCAUCGGGUGGCCAUUAGUGUGGAGAAGAAAUCGGUUACCAUGAUUGUGGACUGUAAGAAAAAAACCACAAAACCACUUGAGAGAAGCAGCCCGGCGGUCGUUGACACCAAUGGCAUUACUGUCUUUGGAACACGAAUUUUGGAUGAAGAGGUGUUUGAGGGUGAUAUCCAGCAGAUGCUGAUUAUUGAUGAUCCCAGAGCAGCGUAUGAUUACUGUGAGCACUACAGCCCAGACUGUGAUUCUCCUGUGCCUGAUGCUUCUCAAGCUCAAGAACCUCAAGUGGAGGAAUAUGGAACUGAAGAUUUAAUCGAAUAUGACUAUGACUAUGGGGAUCCAGAUUAUAAAGAUUAUAAAGACCUUGAAACUAUAACAGAUGGACCCCCAUUAUACGAUGAGACUGUAGCAUACACUGAGGCCAAUGCUGUUGAUGAAUAUCAUGAGUAUAAUGUGGCUGACUAUGGAACUGAAGCUUACCAGACUGCAAUCCCUACUCAAACAACUGGACGAAAUGAGCAAACUCCUGUUGAAGAAGUAUUUACUGAAGAAUACGUAACAGGAGAGGAUUAUAAUUCAAAGACUAAAAAUAAUGAGGAAACAGAUUAUGGAAACAGAGGCAUAGACCACAGCGAAUCUGAAGUUCUGGUAGAUGGAGAUUUAGGCGAAUAUGAUUUUUAUGAAUAUAAAGAAUAUGAAGAGAAGCCAACCAAUCCUACUAAUGAGGAGAUUGGGCCUGGAGUUCCUGCAGAGACUGAUAUCACAGAAACAACCGUGAAUGGCCAUCAAGUAUAUGGAGAAAAAGGACAGAAAGGAGAAGCAGCUGUCAUUGAACCAGGAAUGCUUAUUGAAGGACCUCCAGGACCUCCAGGACCGCCUGGUAUUACGGGCCCCUCUGGUAUGCAAGGCUCCACUGGCCCUCCUGGUGACCCCGGUGAUAGGGGUCCACCAGGACGUGCUGGUCUUCCAGGGGCUGAUGGCUUACCUGGACCCCCGGGUACCAUGUUAAUGUUACCAUUCCGCUUUAGUGGAGGUGGUGAGAAGGGCCCAGCAAUCUCACCUCAGGAAGCUCAGGCUCAAGCUAUUCUUCAGCAAGCCAGGAUUGCAAUGAGAGGGCCCCCUGGUCCAAUGGGACUUACUGGAAGAUCUGGUCCUGUGGGAAGUCCUGGUUCACCCGGUAUCAAAGGUGACGGUGGAGAUCCAGGACCUCAGGGUCCUCGAGGUAUUCAAGGUCCACCUGGUCUGCCUGGAAAAUCUGGUAAAAGAGGUCGUCCUGGUGCAGAUGGAGCAAGAGGAAUACCAGGAGAGACAGGUUCUAAAGGUGACAGAGGCUUUGAUGGGCUUCCCGGCCUACCAGGUGAAAAAGGACACAGGGGAGAUCGUGGACCACAAGGGCCUCCUGGUGCUCCUGGGGAAGAUGGAAUGAGAGGAGAAGACGGUGAGGUCGGACCAAGAGGCCUUCCAGGUGAAUCUGGUCCACGAGGGUUAUUGGGUCCAAGAGGAACUCCAGGACUACCAGGACAACCUGGAAUCCCAGGCAUUGAUGGACCAUCAGGCCCAAAAGGAAACCUGGGUCCACAAGGAGAACCAGGACCACCUGGGCAGCAAGGUAUCCCAGGUCCGCAGGGGCUCCCAGGUCCACAAGGUCCAAUUGGAGUUCCAGGUGAAAAAGGACCUCAGGGCAAACCUGGUCUGCCAGGACUUCCUGGUACUGAUGGCCCUCCGGGCCAUCCAGGCAAAGAAGGACAGUCUGGAGAGAAAGGUGACACGGGGCCUGCAGGUCCUCACGGUCCAGUUGGCUAUCCUGGUCCCCGUGGUGUAAAGGGUGCUGAUGGAAUCCGAGGUCUAAAGGGUGGCAAAGGUGAAAAGGGUGAAGAUGGCUUCCCUGGAUUUAAAGGUGAUAUGGGCCUUAAGGGCGAUAGAGGUGAAGUUGGUGCUCUUGGUCCUCGAGGAGAAGAUGGCCCUGAAGGUCCUAAAGGUCGUGCAGGUCCUACAGGAGACUCAGGUGGCCCCGGCCAAGCUGGAGAAAAGGGUAAACUUGGUGUUCCCGGUUUGCCAGGAUAUCCAGGAAGACAAGGCCCUAAGGGAUCUACUGGGUUUCCUGGAUUUUCAGGUUCUAAUGGAGAGAAAGGAGGAAGGGGAUUACACGGCAAACCAGGUCCAAGAGGACAAAGAGGACCAACAGGGCCACGAGGAUCAAGAGGUGCAAGAGGUCCAACUGGAAAACCUGGACCAAAGGGCACUGCUGGGGGUGAUGGCCCACCUGGCCCAUCCGGUGAAAGGGGACCACAAGGGCCCCAAGGACCUGUUGGAUUUCCAGGACCCAAGGGACCUCCUGGACCACCUGGGAAAGAUGGUUUGCCUGGGCACCCGGGACAACGGGGUGAAACUGGUUUUCAAGGGAAAACAGGCCCACCUGGUCCUGGCGGUGUUGUUGGACCACAGGGUCCAACUGGGGAGACUGGUCCAAUUGGUGAAAGAGGUCACCCUGGACCUCCAGGACCACCGGGUGAACAAGGACUUCCUGGUGCUGGAGGCAAAGAAGGCGCUAAGGGUGAUCCUGGUCCUCAAGGCAUUUCUGGGAAAGAUGGGCCUGCGGGACUGCGUGGUUUCCCAGGAGAAAGAGGCUUGCCAGGAGCUCAGGGUGGAGCAGGUCUGAAAGGUGGUGAAGGUCCUCAAGGCCCACCUGGUCCAAUUGGUUCUCCUGGAGAACGUGGCCCAGCAGGUACAGCAGGCCCAAUUGGUUUACCAGGACGUCCUGGGCCUCAAGGUCCCCCAGGCCCUGCAGGAGAAAAGGGAGCUCCAGGUGAAAAAGGUCCUCAGGGACCAGCUGGGCGUGAUGGAAUACAGGGGCCUGUGGGUCUUCCUGGCCCUGCAGGACCAGCUGGUUCUCCUGGAGAAGAUGGUGACAAGGGUGAAAUUGGAGAACCAGGUCAAAAAGGGAGCAAAGGUGACAAGGGAGAAAAUGGACCUCCAGGACCAUCUGGUCUUCAGGGUCCCAUUGGUGCUCCUGGAAUAGCUGGAAGUGAUGGGGAGUCUGGUCCAAGAGGACAACAAGGGAUGUUUGGACAGAAAGGCGAUGAAGGUCCACGAGGCUUUCCUGGUCCUCCAGGACCUAUUGGCCUUCAGGGUCUUCCUGGCCCACCAGGUGAAAAAGGUGAAAACGGUGAUGUUGGUCCAAUGGGUCCUCCAGGUCCCCCUGGCCCUAGAGGUCCUCAAGGUCCAAGCGGAUCAGAUGGUCCUCAAGGUCCAUCAGGUUCAGCUGGCUCUGUUGGAGGAGUUGGUCAGAAGGGUGAGCCUGGAGAAGCUGGUAACCCUGGGCCUCCUGGAGAAGGUGGCACAACUGGUCCAAAAGGUGAAAGAGGUGAGAAAGGUGAAGCUGGGCCAUCUGGAGCAGCAGGGCCUCCUGGACUGAAAGGACCUCCAGGUGAUGAUGGUCCAAAGGGAAAUCCAGGUCCUGUUGGGUUCCCCGGUGAUCCUGGACCCCCUGGAGAACCUGGUCCAGCUGGAACUGACGGCACAGGAGGGGAAAAAGGUGAUGAUGGCGAUCCAGGCCAAUCUGGGCCGCCAGGUCCUUCUGGUGAGGCAGGUCCCCCUGGCCCUCCUGGAAAGAGAGGGCCUCCUGGAGCAGCUGGUGCAGAAGGAAGACAAGGUGAAAAAGGAGCAAAGGGUGAGCCUGGAUCAGAGGGUGCUCCGGGAAAAACUGGCCCAGUUGGUCCUCAAGGUCCUGCAGGAAAAUCUGGCCCAGAAGGACUUAGGGGUAUUCCUGGCCCUGUGGGAGAACAAGGUUUACCUGGAGUUCCUGGUCAAGAUGGCCCACCAGGUCCCAUGGGUCCACCCGGCUUGCCAGGAUUGAAAGGGGAUCCAGGUUCGAAAGGCGAAAAGGGACAUCCUGGAUUGAUUGGAUUGAUUGGACCUCCAGGAGAACAAGGAGAAAAGGGUGACAGAGGUCUACCUGGUACACAGGGAUCUACGGGAUCAAAAGGAGAUUCAGGAAUUCCUGGACCAGCUGGCCCACUUGGUCCUCCAGGCCCUCCUGGUUUACCUGGUCCUCAAGGCCCCAAAGGUUCUAAAGGUUCAACGGGUCCUGGUGGCCAGAAAGGCGAUGGUGGUUUACCUGGACCUCCUGGGCCUCCUGGACCUCCAGGUGAGGUUAUUCAACCGUUGCCAAUGCAGGCCUCCAAAAAGUCCAAGAGAUCCAUAGAUGCCAAGCUAUCUAUUGCAGAAGAUUACACUGAUGGAAUGGAAGAGAUCUUUGGCUCGUUGAGUUCUCUGAAACAGGAUAUUGAACACAUGAAAUACCCAAUAGGCACUCAGAACAACCCAGCUCGAACCUGCAAGGAUCUGCAGCUCUGUCACCCAGAUUUUCCAGAUGGAGAGUAUUGGAUUGAUCCUAACCAAGGGUGUACCGGGGACUCUUUCAAAGUAUACUGUAACUUCACAGCUGAUGGAGAAACUUGCAUCUAUCCAGAUAAGAAAUCAGAGGGAUUUAGGAUUUCAUCCUGGCCAAAGGAAAACCCGGGAACCUGGUUUAGUGAAUUUAAGAGAGGCAAACUGCUUUCUUAUGUGGACGCUGAAGGCAAUUCUAUUAGCAUGGUCCAAAUGACAUUCCUUAAACUACUAAGUGCCUCUGCUCGACAAAACUUCACUUACAACUGUCAUCAGUCAGUAGCAUGGCAUGACGUCUCUUCUGACAGCUAUGACAAAGCACUGAGGUUCUUAGGCUCAAAUGAUGAAGAAAUGUCUUAUGACAACAAUCCGUACAUCAAAGUGCUUCAUGAUGGCUGUGCAUCAAGAAAAGGCUAUGCAAAGACUGUUAUGGAAAUCAAUACUCCCAAAAUUGACCAACUGCCUAUCUUCGAUGUGAUGAUUAAUGACUUUGGUGAUCAAAAUCAGAAGUUUGGCUUUGAAGUGGGUCCAGUCUGUUUCCUUGGUUAAGUUUAGAGUAAAGAGCAAAUCUUCAAGAAGAGAAAUGUGCUAGGUGUCACCAUACCAAUUGACUUGUGCCAUGUGUAAGUUUUAAAUAAGAAUGGAAUAGAUGUGUUUCACCAAAUACGUAUGUCUUUUUUAGAAAACACCCACUGACUGCCCUUUUUGGAGCAGAAUCACAUGACUUAAAUUUAUUUGGCAAAUGAUGAAUGAUCCUGUGUCAACGACAGGCAAGUUCAUCUUAUGAAUGUCCUCCACCAACCUAUCCUUCUUUACCCACCUAUGUCCCUUUUUAUUUUUAUUUUUUUGGUGCUGUAAAAUUGAAUGGUGCUCCUUUUUUUUUUACAACAUAAGAGGUGCUAAGAAGAUAUGUUUAAUAAACUGUAAUUAUUCUGUGUACAGUACAGUGCUGUCCAGUGUCUGUUUCUAAAACUUGCAUGCGUCCCUGAAUUGCAACUGGCUGUUACCUUACCCUAAUUUCAAAAAUUACAUUUCAGUACCAUGUAUGUAUUAUGAAAAAUAAAGCUGUAAUUUCCAAUGAAGUCCCACUCCAUAUUUUUCUGAUCAAUAAUAUGAUAAUGUACCCUCUUUGUAUAUAUUGAUCUCUAGAGUUGUGUUAUUUGAAGUCAGUGACAAAACCUCAGGUCCAGGCAGAACUGGAAACAAAGGAGCAGCACCUUUUUCUCCCACAACUAUCUUGCAAUAAGGAAUUCCAAGAAGGAUCCCACGGGCCCGUGGAGAUACUCCCACGGGAUGCCAUAUCUCAUUUCAAGACCAUGAGCAAGUUGCGUUGGUUGGUGGUGGUUAUCUUUUACGUUGGCGUGGGAAAAUGUGCCUUGUUCAAUUAAAAUGUGCAAAAGAUGCAAGGAAAGUCCCUAUUGCUCUAGCGCAUGUUCUUUGUACUGUAUUCUGACAAUAUGGGGAGUUAUGAGCCAGAUGGAAGGAGACCAUAUCUGUGGUUCAUUCUUCACUAAAGGCAUUGCCUUCAUUUUUGGAGUAAUGCUGAUAUGCAGAAAAGUAGCAGCGUAGUUAUUAUGUCUAUGGAUGCCUCUUCCAAUAUUUCCACGGCUUAGGAACAAAGUAUACCAGCUUCUGGCUGCCAGAUCUUUUCCUGUAAUGUCAGAAGGGGCCCUUGAGUAUAAUGAAUUAAUUUCAGUAAUAUAAUUAACUAGUCUAUAAUUAAUGACUAAUUGAAACUCUCAGAAUUUUUUUUUUUUCAUCUGGAUAUUAAAAGUAGAUUCUGCACAAUUAUUUAUGAACUGUGCUACUUUCUGGCACAUUUGCUAGGUAUACCUAAAUUAUAUAUGAGCAGUGCCUGUAUUUGUCACACUAAUGUCUAGUUUUUAUUCUAUCUAUUCUCGCAGUGUCAUUGUUUACUUCUGAAACUUCAGAACAAAGACUCUUGCACCCGUUCAAGAUAUUUCCCCCUUCUUGGGCAUAUCUUGAUGGGCAAGGGGAAAAAAAAAGAAAUUUAAAAUAUAUUGCCAUUUAUUGUAUCAAAUUAGUAACUACAUGUCUACCAGAAUUCUGAUGUGCAAAUCUUAGUGCAGAUAAAUCUUUCUUCAUUGGUCAUAUUAAAGAUAAUGGUAGAUCAGGUGGAGGGACUUUCAUCCUGGCCACUUGGCUACUUUAAGCAAAUACAUUGCAGAUGAUGGAAAUAGUCAAUGCAACACUAUAACCUCAGAUUCUGGAUUUAUAUCAAUGGAAUCUAUUUGCUCUCCCAGCACAGAAGAUACAUGAGUGUAAACUUAAAUCUGUUCAGGUAACCUUCUUGCUGUAUUGUGACAAAUAAGUCUAGGUCAUGUGAUUCUACCUAGUUGCCAAGCAACCUAUGAGAAAAUUGCUAACCAUGAAGCUUAUUAUUAUUUUUUUUUACUCAAGCAGUUACAAUUUGCAAUCUUAUUUUUUUUUCCUGGCCUCAAGGUUUUUUUUUUUCUGGGUGGUCAAACAUAGACAUUAAUUUAACACAAAUCCUUUUGUACUUAUUUCUCAUAAUAUAUGUAAGACUUGAAAAAUAUUUGUUACUAUUUCUUAUAUAAAUCUGUUUAAAUUAAUUGAUACCAGAUCCCACUAGCUCAUUUUCUGCUGUUUUUAAGCAUGCAAGCAUUUUAUAUGUAAAAGAAAUUUCAAAGUCAACAAUUUGCUGUUUGGAAUUCCUUUUCUAAAACCAAAGUUUGUUAAUUGCCACCUGAAAGACAAAAAUAAUAUACAUUUUAUUAAUAAAAUCAAUUCCUGUCUC